CUCCUCGAUACUGCGACACCGAUCAUCAAGCUUCAUUUAUCAGCCUUUUUUUGGUAUUUGAAAUGGUUAUUAUUACUAGUAUUUGAUUUUUUUUAAUUGAAAGUUGAAGCUUCGUAUUUGGUGAAAGAAAAAACUUCCAUUGAAAUUUCGUGAGGUAAAAUGGACGGUGGAGACGGAACGGUAAGAUUAGGAGCUUUGAAUUUGAAAGCAGGUCGAGGCUUAGAUUUGGAUCCGGAUGUCUCCGUUUCUUCGCCGGUAACCAGGCAAAAAGUUGCCGCCGCUAAACAGUUCAUUGAGAAUCAUUACAAGAACUACCGGCAAGGUUUACAAGAGCGUAAAGAAAGACGACGAGCACUGCAAAGGAUGGCUGAGGAAGCUCAGGUUUCCAGUGAAGAACAAGAGGAGAUGAUGAGGAAUUUGGAGAUGAAAGAAACCAAAUAUACGAGGCUGCAAAGACGUAAAGUCGGAAUUGAUGAUUUCGAACAACUAAAUGUAAUUGGAAAAGGUGUAUUCGGUGAGGUUAGGUUAUGCCGUGCUAAAAUUACAGGAGAGAUUUUUGCCAUGAAGAAGUUAAAGAAAUCAGAGAUGCUUAGUCGAGGACAGAUUCCUGAAAGUGAUAAGUAG